GUUUGUUGCAGAAUGCAGAAUGGCGCGUAUGGGUCUGAUACGAAGUUGUGGGAAUAUGAAGCUUCACAAAUUUCUGCUCUUUUUCAACGUGCUCGACAUCGUGUACAAAGUCGUGCAAAGCGUCGAUGGACACACCCAAGGUUUUAUACAGACCGAGAGCGACCUCCAAGUGCUGGCUGAUGGAGUCCUGGGUCAUUUGUCGGAGCCAUCCGCCGUGAGCAGUUCGUCACCUGUAAGUUUUGCGGAUUUGGAAGACAGCAAUCUAAACACCUAUGCUAGUCCCGUCUCGUUCGAGCCUGCGUUUCUGGACUUCAAGUCUCAGCCACUAAGUAUGCCGGUACGACGGCGAGUGGUGGUGAAAAACCUGAGCCCAGAAUCCAGCAUAGAGAUGCUCUCCAUCAGCGGCAACACGCUACACUUUCAUUGUUCCUUUUUCCAAGAAAAGAGGAUAUCGCCGGGCGGCAACACGUCGUUCGACGUCGUGUUCCUUGGACGGGAGCAGGGCCUAGUGGAGAACAUAUUAUUUAUUCACACGUCUCUAGGUUCCUUCAAGUAUCAGGUGUCUGCGUUCGGCAAGGAGAAUCCGUACCGGUUGCGGCCGUUUGUUGGGGUGCGGAUGCCCCUGAACAGCAGCUACACGCCGCUCAUCUACAUGCACAACCCGCACAGCUCCACCAUUCAGCUCACGGAGAUCUACUCGAGCGGGGGCGACCUGCACCUGGAGGCCCCGGCAGGCGAGAGCGAGAUCACCAAAGAGCUUUGGGAGAUCCCCCCGUACAAGACGAAGCCCGUGAUGAAGGCCAACUUCGUGUCGCGGAUCGAGAAGAAUCACACUGUCUACAUUCGCAUCAAGCUCAACAGCACCAGCCGCGUCGAUCUCAUACUGCCAGUCGAGGUGGAGGUGGUCUCAUUACCUGGAAUUUUCUCGCCCACGGAGGCCCUCGACUUUGGAGUGGUGCACCGACAGGACGAGCCGAGGAGCUUGCCCGUGAACUUGCUCAACUCUGGGCAAAAGCAGGUCUACAUCACGAAUGUCAUUGUGACGCCCGUGAACGAGGCAGUGGAAGUAAAGUUUACGCCGAUGAAGGUGCCUCCGGACACGGUCAGGGCGACGCAAGUCGCCACGGUCACGUACAUCCCGUCGAAGGUAAAACACAUGAAGCAGUGUUCGGGCAAGAUUGUGGUCAAGUCCAAAAACAACCAGUACAAAGUGACCAUACCGUUCCACGUGUCCUUCAUGAAUGGAUCGCUGGAAUACAGCCUGGAAGGCACCCGGUUCUACAUCGGGCGCGCCAAGAGCCUCAGUGUGGCCGACAUCCGGCCGCUGAACCUGUCCAACACGUUUCCGGUGCCGGUCGUGAUCCACAGUAUCGAGCUUCAGCCAGAGAGUCAGCCCCACUUCACCGUGAUCUUCAAUGCCUCAACGGUGCUCCAACCCAGCGAAACGAAGCCCGUGGUGUACCUCCAGUUCCACCCCGAGGACUCGGCGCUCCAGCUCAACGCCACGCUGCGUCUGCACACAAACGUCUCGCACUUUGACAUUCCAAUCUCCUGCUACAGCGGGAGACUCACCCUGCGUCGGGUGCACUCCCUGAACAACGACACCGUCCUGGACUUCGGCACCCUGGGUAUCGGCAACCAGCGCACCAUGAUCUUUGCAGUCAUCAACGAAAACCCCAUCGAGGUGACAAUAAGACGGUGGGGCUCCAACAUGACCAAGUGCCAAGUGGAACCGGUGGUUCAGGCGGAUGAGUUUGAUGGCCUGGUGGGCUUGGGGAAUUCCUCCAGGCUAGGCGAAGAGAUUACGCUUGUGCCAAAGCAGUAUGUGCUGUUCCGCAUCAGCGUGACGGCGCCGGAAACGGAGGGCAUCUUUGCGGGGGAGGUGUUUGUCGAGACUAUGCACGAGGUGCUGAAAGUUUACUUCACGCUCCGAACUGCCAAGGGAAGCCUCAUGUCAGACCCCGUGGUGUUCGAGAACGCGUUUCCGGGCAAGGUGUCGUCGCAGAACCUGUACAUCCACAGCACCUUUUCGCACGCCAUGACGGUGACCUCGGUCAAGACGGUCCCGGACGACUCGAGGUUUUAUUUCGAAGUCACCCAGAACGCGUCGCCCGUCUUGCAGCCGAGGAGCAAGAACUGGGCGGGAAAGUUAUAUUUCGACCCCCGGCGGGAGUGCAAGCAAACAUGCUACACUGGGCUGCCGACAGCUACGGCAGAGGGUCACCAGUGGCUUUCCGGCCUGAGCCUCCCGAAAGGCACGGGAGAGGCAGACCUGGAGCUGUUCCUCGGCAUGCACGGUCGUUGGUCUGAACUCCUGCACGGCAAGAAGCACAUCAUCAACAUGACGCUGAAGGUGGACACGAGCGAGGCCCAGGGUUUCCUCAUGGAGGUGCAGGUGCUGUUUCAGUGGCCCAAACUCUCCAGCAGGUGCGCCCUCAGGUUCCCGGUCACCCAGGUCGGAAACCUCACGGUGAAGGAGGUGACCCUGGAGAACCCUUCCAGCCUGCCCGUGCUCGUGCAAGUGGUGCCCCUCCACGUUUACCCGGACGUCAAAGCGGCCCUGACCAUGGCCGCCCACUCGUGCGGGACGCCUGCCGAGCUUGCCAUGCCCCUGGGCUCGUCCAGGACGUUCAGCCUGCAAGACCUCGAAGAGCACAACCCCAGCCCGGACAACGUGUUCCUGGCGUACGGCAAGGGACUGGAGGAGUACUUCCGUGUGCAGCCCAGCCGCCAGUCUCUGUCCUUCCAGCUCACUCCCGGCAUGAGGGUGCGCCUCAGGGUGGGCUUUGCCCCCAAGGACGACCUCCCCGCCGCUUCCCUGCUCCUCGUGAGGAACAACCUGACGGUGGUGAGCAGCCUGCUGCUCAGGGGCCAGGGCGGCUACGGCCAGCUGCGGCUGGGCAACAAGUCGCCGGGUGGGGACUCCCAGCUCAACUUCGACAUUUCCGAGGCCCAACUCAAGGACUGCGACGGCGCCAGAAAUGUGGAGCGAGACGGCCCGCCCCACUUCUCCGUGCGGCGGGGCUUCCACGCCCGCAACACGGGCCAACUGCCCGUGUUUGUGCGGGGCUUCCUAGUAAACGGCCGCCGGUGCCAAGGCCACGGCUUCAGGGUCCUCGACUGCCAGCCCUUCGAGCUCAAGCCCAACACCAGCAAGCAGAUCUUCAUCGCGUUCUCGCCGGACUUCACGCUGUCCCACGUGGAGCGGGACCUGGAGGUGGAGACCAGCCUCGGCGGCGGCGUCCUGAAGUACAGGCUGGUGGCGACGGUGCCACGCCACCUGCUGGCGCCGUGCGGCGCCGUUCUGCCACGCCCCCGCUGGGAGCCGCUGGUGCAGUGCUCGGUGCUCAGCGGAGCCCUUUUCCUGUUCCUGUGCUCGCUGGCCUACGCGUACCUGGAGCGCGACCGGAUCCUGCGGGCAGGAUUUUAUCCCCUGGCGACCCUGGUGGACUCGUCGGCCGUGGCGCCAGGCAGGCUCCAGCCGUUUGAUCUCAGGACCACGGGCGGCGGGACGACGGCGGCCACGGCGCCGGGUGGGAACGAGAAUGGCACGACGAGUCGUUACAGGGGAACAGGGGGCAAGCGAAGAAACGCGGACCUGCCGCAGGCCCGCAAUUCGUCGCCGCUCUCCGGUUUGGAUACUCUAGCCGGAUUCUCUUCGAACAAAGUUACUGUGACGUCACGGUCCACGGACGCGACUCAGACGCGCCGCCCGUCAAGGGAGCCCGAACCGGACCGCUCGGGCAACAAGGCAUUACGGCGAAGAGUGUCGUCCAAACACAAGGCGGAAACGGCGGCCCAAACGACAACGCAGUCGGCAGUGACGACGCAGCAGCCUGCGGCGCCCGUCGCGCCGAAGUUGUCGUCCGUGAAACGAGUGGAGGUGUCGAAGGCGACGCGGAGUACAUUGUUGCGGCGGUUGUUCGUGUGGCUCUGGGCUUCGGCCACGGUGAGAACGAGCAAGGCGGCGGCGGGGACGGAGGCGGUGGCUAGCGUCGCAACGCAGACGGCGACGGAUGACAAGCGGCUGGCAGAGAAGGAGGAGGAGGAGAGGAAGGGGAGGAGGAAGAAGGUGGCGGCGGAAGAGGAGACAUCCUCGACGACGACCGAGACCUCCAACGCCGACUCGGAUCUCGGAGAAAAGGAGCACGGGAUGGUGUUACUGCCGGACGUGUGCGCGUCUGCCAAGCUGUCGUCCAAAGCCAAGCAGCGCUCCAAAUCCAAGGGGAGCCGAGAGCAGGGCAGUGGCAGCAGCAGCGGGAGCAGCAGCAGCAGUAGCAGCUCCUGCUCCCACGGCAUGCUCGUCCCGUUCCUCUCCGAGGCCGGGCUGGCCGACGACGCCUUCGAAACCAGGGGCAAGGGCAAGGCGCAGCGCAAGGCCAAGGGAAAGAGGAGCCUGGGGAGCGGGGAGGAUGCCCUAAGGCCCAGCAGCUUGGAACUCCCUUACAAGCCCAAGGUGGAAGGAGCCAAGGAGACACAUCUUCCGCGACCAGAUUCCCUGCGGAUCAUUCCGGCGGAGCUGAGGAAGGCGGCCGAGCUCAGGCUUAAAGCAGGGCGGUCCCUGUCCUUCGACAACGACAGCGAGCCCAACUCGAGGAGGGGGUCGCCGCCACCCGUCUGGGACUCGCCGCCGCGGGGAAGCGGGCACGACGAAGCACUUGCGGAAAUAGCCAGGCAGACGGAAAGCUUUGCUCUUCAGCACAAGGAACCGAAGACCAGCCGACCCACCAGCUACUCCGCCGCCGUAGCCGGCGGCGGACUAACCAAGCCCACCGGUGCCAUCGGAUCGGCUUCUUCCGGUUUGGCCUCGAGCCGCAAUCCGGGUGUGGUGGGCCAAAGGCCCCCCGGAUUGGUGGGAGAGCCGAAGACAAAGCCUGCGCUGCCCAGCCAUUCCUGGGAGCUGCCCCUGAACGGACCGCUGCCCCACCCGGCACCGCUGGUUGACCCCACCUUUUCCAUGGUGGGGGACACCUGCUCUGCCGGGACAGACCCCAAGCAGGAGAUUGCCCCUGUGCUCAGAAACAUGUGCGCCUCGUUUUCGCCCUCGGGACUGAGACUGCCGUCUACGGAGGGCGCGUUCUCGCCCUGGACCGCCGCACCACCGCGCCACCCGGGCUUUACGCCGUGGAGAUCGCCGGCAACGUCGAGCAACGGCAGCGGCCACGCGCCGCCGGGGCUACCCGCCAAGCCGCAGUGGUCGCUGGCGCACGCCCACAGGAACGAACUGCCUGGUGUCACGGGUCGGUGGUCCUCGGGAGGGAACCAGCCGGCCUUCGGAUCGUCGGAGUCUUUUGACAGCUACUGGGACUCCUCGUCGUCGAGCUCCGUGUGGGGCUCUCACUGGUGGAGUAGUCCGGCGAGCGGAGCCCUCUCUCCCGCCAGCCCCGUGGAGUCUCCGACGGACUCGAUGGCCGACGUUGUUUCCUCCCUGGGCAUAGACUCUCCCGACGCCAGCGUGGACCCGGCCGCCUGCUUCGACUUGGCCAGUACCUCGAGCACAAACGGCAGCCUUUCGCGCAGCAUCUGGGCCCAUCCCACCUCGAGAGUUUCGCACCCCUGGAGCUACAGCCUCUUUCAAGAGGAGAAGACAGCCCCCGCCCGCUCGUCCCAGACCCCGCCCCUGGGAUGGCAGGACAAAGAGACCCUGUGAAGACGCACCUCGGUUCCCUCGCUAAAACCUCGCACGCACAUCCUCCCCUUUGAUGUUGCGACCUUGGGACUACCUUGAACGUCCUUGAGCACCGUCGGAGGCCUAGAACAGUCCCCAAACGACGAAUCACCGUCUAAUCCCGGAGUUUUCGCUUUGGAACGUUUAAGUCAACGUUCUGUCGAGGCUGAGAUGACCUUGCAACGACCUUAGAACGACCCCUGAGCGACGAACUGCAGUCUGGUCCCGACACGCUUAGGCCAACGUUCUGCCGGGACGGUCGACUCGCCGACAGUCUCUUUUGGAGUGUACCCAGUUCUUUCGUUAACUUAUUCGUCGAGCCAGAUGAAAUGAUCUUGCGUUUGCGUGCCCGUCUCGAAAGUCGUCAGGUUUUCUUCGGUCGCGUCUCGGCUGGAGAGACCCCUGUUGCGGUGUUGAGUCACGUUGCGCGGCCGUCCGUCGGCAAAAACGAAAGGUCUCAAACGUCUAGAGCGUCUUUUGUUAUUGUUUUCAGAAGAAUAUUUAUUUUAUCUUCUUUGACUUCUAAGUCAGGGUUAUGCCAAAAUUUCGUGCAUAGUAUUUUAUUUUUUUUUUUUGGCGUGUGUUUAUUUCAGAAUAAGCUUGUAGUGGCUUUUUAGGAGAAAAAAAAAUCCUCGCAACAAAAGAAGAGAUUUGCUGCUUUUUUUUUUUAUGCCGUCGUCGUCGUUUCUUUGGACGGUUCGUCGCACAAGAAAGAACGCUUUUGCUGCGUCAAGCCUACUACUUAAAAACCGCAUCGCUUGUGUCGUUUGCGGGCUUUUCGAUGCGGGGGGCCGCCGUUGUUGGAAGCAUAGGACCCAAACAGGGUCUGCUGUGUUCGUUAGACCACCAGUCCCUAGUUUUUUGUCUCGAGAAGAGUUGUCUUGGUUUUUUUCCCCUGGAAAUGCUGCAGGUUGCCUAACCGGUACACACUGCCACCACCUGUGCGUGUGUGUGUGUGUGUGUUGUUUUAAGAAGUCCCCGGAAAGUUGAGAAAGAGGGCGACUUCUGAGAGAAUUCAGAGGUGGGCUCCUAGGAAUAAAGAUCGGAGUGAGCUCUUG